AUGUAUCCCUUGACGUUGGCGUCGUCACCCGCCUUGCCACGCUGCACCGCCGAUGUCCGCGUCGACGCGCGAAUGCCCUCACUCGUCGCCUGCGACACUCACGACGUCGCCCUUCUCUACGACGCCGCGGAAGCGCCUCACUCGCCACCCUCAAUGCGCCCCACGUCCGUCUUGUCGCGCUCGCCCUCAACUCCAGCCUUGUCGCGCUCGCGCUCCACCCGCAGCGGCGCACGUCGUAGGCGGCAAUCGCGCGCCUCCCUCGGGGCGGGCUGUCGAUGGCGGCGGCGACGACGACGAGGUGGGAUGGCGGGGACGGCUGACGGCAGCGACGAGGGUGGGAGCGAUGACGAGGGCGGGAACGGCGACGGGGGCGGCGGCGACGACGAGUUGGGAUGGCGGGGAUGGCUGACGGCAGCGACGAGGGCGGGAGCGAUGACGAGGGCGGGAACGGCGACGGGGGCGGGGGCGACGACGAGACUGAGGGCAGCGACGACGCGGGAUAGCCCUCGUCGUCGUCGAAGGCUCGUCGCUACAAGGACCACCCUCUGCGCCGGCGAAGGCCGUCGAUACGCUGUUCGCCGCCCUGGCGUGGCGCGCGGCCGCCGUCUGCGUCGUCCGCGGGUCUUGGUGGCUCGCGCGCAGGGCUCUCGACGUCGCGCGCAGGGCUAUCGACGUCGCGCGCACCAUCAUCUGCGUCGCACGCAACAUCAUCUCCCUCUCGCCUCACAUCGCCCGCCUCCCUCCCGCCACAUAUCAACUUCGCAAACACGGGGCACGCCCUCGCCCUUCGCCUCCCUCAACGUCGCCGCCCUCGACUUUGUCCUCGCCCUCCGCCUUCGACUUCGAUCUCAACUUCGACGCGACGCACCCCCGCGCUUCGACGUCGACUUCGACAUGCGCCCCCACUCCCUCCCUCGCCCUUCAACCUCGCCCUUCGACGUCGACUUCGCCCUCCGACUUCGACGCGACGCGCCCUUCAACUUGCGCCCCCACCCCCGCCCUUCGACGUCGCCUCCAACUUCGACGUCGCCC